CUCGAUCGCACGUGCGAGCCGACAGUCCCCAAAUGAUCGUAGGACAUAUGACCGAUACAUCGGCCCAGUUGCCAUCCGUGACAGGUAUCAUACCGCCGACCAGUUGCCCAAAUGUUAACCCCACUUCUCCAACACCGAUGCUACCCUCGUUCGGUUUUACACAGGAACAAGUGGCCUGCGUAUGUGAGGUGUUACAACAAUCUGGCAACAUCGAAAGACUUGGUAGGUUCCUGUGGUCCCUGCCGGCCUGCGAGCACUUACAGAAGAACGAGAGCGUCCUGAAGGCCAAAGCUCUAGUUGCCUUCCACAGGGGUAACUUUAAGGAACUUUAUCGCAUCCUGGAGAGUCACAACUUCACCCCCGCUUCACACCCGAAAUUGCAGACGUUAUGGCUGAAGGCUCACUACAUAGAGGCCGAGAGGUUACGUGGAAGGCCUUUGGGUGCCGUCGGUAAAUAUCGUAUAAGGAGAAAGUUCCCUUUGCCUAGGACUAUAUGGGACGGUGAAGAAACUAGUUACUGUUUUAAGGAGAAGUCCAGGAAUGUUUUAAGGGAGUGGUACGCUCACAAUCCUUAUCCUUCGCCUCGUGAAAAGAGGGAACUCGCUGAAGCCACCGGCUUAACCACUACACAAGUCAGUAACUGGUUCAAAAACAGACGUCAGAGGGAUCGGGCGGCGGAGGCCAAAGACAGAGAAACAACCAACGAUAAAAGCAAAUCCACGACCAAAGAUCCCGUAAGCCCCGAUAAAGAAGAAAGAAAACAUAAUAUAGAAGAAGACCAAACACCGGCUGUUCCAGGAUGUGAAAGAACAAUAUACACGGCCGAUCUAAAGUUAGGACCUACAGUGACAUCACAAUCGGCAGUAACGGCAGCGACGGUAGCUGCUCUUUCGGCAAAUUUUCGAUUGAAUCACGUGUCUGACAUAACACCGGUUGUACCAGGACACCUCGGUGACGUUGGACUAACACUAAGUACCGACUACCACAGUUUAUGACAGUCGGAUGGGGUUACUGCUGGUACUUUCUACCUAUCAGCUUCACAGCAGUCAGACCCCUGGACUACGUCACAUUCGUUGUUACGCAGCGAAAAUUUUCUACCUAAUUGUUAUUUAUAAAAAUAUAUAUAUAUAUAUAUACAAUAAUUCCAAUUGUACAGUAAAAGCCCACACACAAAAUGUAAAUAUAGAAAUUUACAGAAUUAUUUGGGAGUUUCAACUAGUCGAAUACACGUGUUUUAAUGAGCUUCUGUUUCGACUAAACAAUGUAUUUUAUUUUCAAAUUUUUCAUUUAAAAUUCUCUUUAAAAAAAUUCUCUCUAUCUAUCUCUUAAAAAUUCUAUAAAAAUACCCUAAUUUUAAACCUUAUAAAGGUCAGAUAUAGGUGAUAAGUGUAUAGACUUAGUAAAUGUUUUAGUACUAUCUUUCAAUCUAUCUACCUAUCUAAAUCUCUCACUAAUAAACUAGUUUUUAAUUAGGUAUGUCUACAUAUAAAUAGUAUAUAAAACCUUCCCUUAAGGGGGGUUGCAGAAGACAUUAUAACAGAAAUAUUUAAUAAUUUUUUGGGCCUAUUUCUGCCCUAUUACAAUGAGGCCUUGUAUCCAAAAAAAAAAAAAAUAAUAAGGCAGUGUUCUAAAGCUCUCCUAAAGCUGUAACUUGCUCAGUGUCUUUGCUGUUUAAUUCUUCAUAAACUAGAUUAAAUACUGUAAAUGUAAAUUGUGAUCAAUGUUGCACAUAAUACUGUAAAUAAAAUAAUUUACACUUAACUUUAAACAUCUAUUUUCUGUGUGUCCUCUUGUUAUUUUGCUCCUGUUUAAUU